AUGUCUUUCAGGCUUCUUGAGCUAGGCAGAUUCAGUCUGAUCAGCACUUCCCAGGCUUUGAAGCUCGAAGUUGUGUCAGGCGUCGAUAUUACAGGUGCACAAAGGCUUGUUGUCUUGGAUGACGAUGCAUUGAUCAAAGCUGUUACCUCGAGACAGUUGUGGGUCUCUCGAGGGCGAGGCUUCCGAAUUGACAUUGAAGUGUUGCUAGACGGUAAGACGCUGGACAGGAGUAUUUACUUCGAAUUGCUAGAAUCCUUGGGUUGUCUCAUCCGAGAUAAGAAGGAAUGGAAUCAACUCUUUCUCUCUGCUUCCUUGGAGACUCCCCCUGACAUCCCUUCCGUACGAAUGCCGCACUUCUCCAUCCUUCUGAACAACAGCACAAAGCCAACUGAACCUGGAGUCGGUCUGGCGGAAUGGAUCGGGAACAUCGACGUGGUACCACCAAAUGGAGUCUUAUGUGCUCAGCUUGAGAGGAUACAGGUCCAAUUUAAUUUCAUGCCUACACUGGAGGCAGCAAUUGAUGGCGUGCCAGCCCCUUCUGCUUUGAGACCAGCAUCGCCUGAUGAUAUUCUACUUGAUUUGCCGCCGGAUACCCUCCCUAGAUCUACGCAUGAGCGAGAUUCCCAGAGUCUGGACCUUGCCGUACAGCUUCUCAAAACCCUUCCGGAACAAGUGGCGAGUUGUUUCGAGUCCCCUCAUACAACUGAUAAUCAACCUUUACAUAUCGAUCCCCCACCAAUAAUUGACCUUAAAGUUAAUAGCAGUAAUGAAUCCGUAUUGGUAUCUGCUCCAAGCGAUGGCGAUAUUGGAUCGGGCAACAGUAGUAGAAGGAUCUCUGAAAAGGCUCGCAUUGUCCUGGAUGCUUGGGUUGGCACGCAUCGGGAUAAUCUCUACCCGAGCAUGGAAGAAAAAGAGAAGUUGAUGGUUGCCACAGGCCUCAAGAGAAGUCAGCUGAAUACCCAGCUCUUUAAUUAUCGACAAAAACUGAAGAGAGGCUUGCUCCGCGACGUCCAAAUGCAGAACCUUGAGGGAAUGCUUCUGGGUGGCCAAUACAGAUAUGAUGCAUGCGAAGGUGGCUGGAAUGAAGGCAAAAUGCUCUUAACUGAGCACAUUGACCGAUCUAAUGUGGAAGAGCAUGACGAGGAAAUGAUCUUCUCACAGAUGGCGAAUGACGAGACACUGCCUCUUUCACAAUCUUCCUCUAUAUCAACUACUUCUUCGACAAACACUACCAUCUCUUCGACUUGCUCGAGUUACACAUCUCUUGUUCGCCCCAAUCUUGACGGAAAGUCGUUCUCCCUCAAGUUUGCUUUCACGUCUGCGCUUGCGGAUGAGGCAUUUCGUACUUUGAUGGGAGCUGCAGUUCCUAAACGACUAUCAAGGUUCCAAGACUUUCAACUCAAAAGUCUCCCGCAAGUACCGAUGUCCACCUUUGUGCCUAGCAUGUUCAGUCCCGGCUUCAAGAAUUCAAUUGCAGGUCAUUCUCGAUUCCUGCCAACUAUAAGCCAUGCUUUAUGCGUUUCGAUGCCACAAAACGUGCAGACGCCCAGCUUACGACGAAAACUUUUCCAACUCUCAAGUCUAGAAUCGUCCCAGCUUCCAGAUCCUAGCAGCCAGUCUGGGAAGCCUGGAACAGUUCAAAGGCUGUCCUCUGUGGUACAAUCCAGACUUUGGGGCAUGAUGCAAAGAAAACUAUUUGACAAAGCGGCCGGGCGGAGACUUUGGCGGCGAUCAACACCGGGAGACGAAGAUGAGAAAAGUGAUGUCGAAGAUAUGUUUGCAGCAGUCGAAGAUGGAAACAAUUUGAAGAUGGAUGAAGAUAAUGGGAUGUCUGAGGAGGAAAUGCUUUUCGGAGAUGACGAGGAUGAUGAUUUACUGCUCGAUGAUGACAAUGAUCAGUACAAUGCAGAUUGGGAACGACGUGCCAUCGAGGACAAGACAGAUGAUAUGCUUUUGGGAGACGACUGGCAACAGGAUUGGGCUACUGCUCCCAAAGAAAUACCAUCUGAAGAGAGCCGCAUGGACAUGGAGACACUGGAAGAAAGUGAUGACAUCACGCAAUCGCCCGAGAGCGACAGAGUGAUGCUGAUGGAUCAAAUCGACAGGGACAUUUGGAAGAAGUUGGACGGAGAUAUCGGUAUACAAUGUCUGGACGAGAGUGCAAAUGAAGAGAUGUUGAUCUAG